CUUUUUUAAAUCGCAUUUUGUCGUCUUUUUUUUUGGGUGAAUUCUUCUGGUUCGGCUUUAUGCUCUGUUCUUUGGUUCUGGAGCCCCUCGUUCUCGUAGCUAUUCUGCUCUUUCUUGGCCUUCAAAUCUGGGAUUUACGUGCGGGGAUUCUAUCUCGUUCCACCCGAUUCUAUGCAUUCAAUUUUUUAUGUUGUACAAUGGCGGAUAGGCAUUUGUCUUCUAUCAAGUUUAUGUCUCGGAGGUCAUUAUCUUGUUUCUUUAUUAUGAUCUCAAUCCUCUUCGUUCUUUCUUGGUUCUUUGUUCUGCGUUCCACGGGGCGUGCUCAGUUCGCGGGAUUACCCAAUCCAAAGCAUUUUUCCACCGUUGAUGAUUCAAAUUCUCUCGCUCAGAUCCAACAUACAAAAACCUCAUUCGGAAGCCAAACAUGCACCACCACAGAUAAAUCUGUUUUGAAGGUUUUCAUGUAUGAUUUACCUCCAGAAUUUCAUUUUCGUCUCUUGGAUUGGAAACCCAAAGGAAGUAGCGUUUGGCCUGACAUCACAACUGAAAUUCCAGAAUAUCCUGGAGGUUUGAAUUUGCAACACAGUAUAGAAUAUUGGCUCACAUUGGAUCUGCUGGCUUCCGAACUACCUAAACCCUCCCAUGGCGGUGCUGCAAUCAGAGUUCACAACGCCAGCGAAGCGGACAUCAUAUUUGUACCGUUCUUUUCUUCUCUGAGCUACAACCGAUUCGCUAAAACUAAGAAACCCUCAAAAGAGAAAAACAUGAACAAUGUACUACAAGACAAGUUAGUUAAGUAUCUGACAGCUCAAAAGGAGUGGAAGAGGUCUGGAGGAAGGGACCACUUGAUUUUGGCACACCAUCCCAAUAGCAUGUUGGAGGCAAGAAAGCAACUAUGGCCUGCCACGUUCAUACUUGCAGACUUUGGGAGAUAUCCUCCAAACAUAGCCAAUGUUCAGAAAGAUGUGAUUGCACCUUACAAACACCUAGUGGCAUCCUAUGUCGAUGACUCCUCAGAAUUUGAUAGCCGUCCAACACUGCUUUACUUCCAAGGAGCAAUUUAUAGAAAAGAUGGAGGUUUAGCUCGGCAAGAGCUAUUUUAUCUUCUGAAAGAUGAAAAAGAUGUGCAUUUUUCUUUUGGAAGUGUUCAGAAGGGUGGAAUCCAGAAAGCUACAGAAGGAAUGUAUUCGUCCAAAUUCUGCCUCAACAUUGCUGGUGACACCCCCUCAUCAAACCGCUUAUUUGAUGCCAUUGCUGCUCAUUGUGUCCCCGUCAUAAUCAGUGACGAAAUUGAGCUCCCAUAUGAAGAUGUGCUUGACUACUCUGAGUUCUGCAUAUUUGUUCGCACAAGGGAUGCUCUCAGAGAGAAUUUUCUGAUCAACUUCAUUAGGAGUAUUGGGAAACAAGAAUGGACACGAAUGUGGAACAAGUUGAAAGAGGUUGAACAUUUCUUUGAGUAUCAGUUCCCAUCAAGGGAAGGAGAUGCUGUCCAAAUGAUAUGGCAGGCUGUUGCACGUAAGGUCCCGGCUCUGAAGCUCAAGUUACAUUGGUCUAAGCGUUCUGCUAGAUCUCCUCCUAGUACAGAUAACGGAUUAAAAUCAAUAGCCGCACCAAACAAUUUUUGGUGAGAAAUUGAGCCAUAGGUUAUGUUGUUAGAAAAGUGAAAAAGAUGCAUUCUUUCUGGAUUUUGAUUCUGAUAAUCACAUUUUGUAACGUUGUUAUAGUGAAUAGUUCAACUCAUGGAAGAGGAUUCGAGCAAUCAGCUGCAAUAUUUUGUUUUCCUGGGGUUUAUGCAAUAAAUGCUCUUGCAUACCAUUACGUCAGUUAGAUGGGCCUACUCUGAAACAUUUUGAUUUCUAAAAUAAUUUUCAAGA